GAGCAGGAAAGCUCAGUUGUCGAUGGAAGCUUCGAUGGAGCUGUUGGGCCUCAAAUCGUACUAGCUCCAGUUUCCUAGACUAGACGACGACCAGACAGUUAUCGCAUCCAAAUCAAUCAACAAACACUUGAUUGAAGAUAGAUUUAAUUAAUUUUCUUCAAGAACUACGAGUUAAAUUAUUGGUGAGAUAAUUUUAAGCAAGUAUGUCGACCGGACCCACUCCCCCACCUUCCAAGGCACUAUCUUCCGCCGGAAAAGGACUUCACUCUAGGGCGUAUAAUGGCCUGAUUGGAGCCUGCGAUAAAUUCGUGCCUGCCAAGUUUCGGCCCUUAUGGAUGCAUCCAGCUGGACCAAAAACCAUAUUCUUCUGGGCACCCCUCGUCAAAUGGAGUCUUGUUAUUGCCGGUCUCAGUGAUCUAACCCGUCCUGCGGAUAAGAUUUCGCCCAACGGAUGCUUGGCUCUUGGCGCAACGAAUCUUAUUUGGACGCGAUAUGCCUUAGUGAUUAUUCCAAAGAAUUACAGUCUAUUUGCUGUUAACCUUUUCGUGAGUCUCACCCAGCUCUUUCAACUGGGACGCGCCUACAACUACAAGUGGGAGCAGUCCAAAUUGGAGAAGGCGAAGGAGCAGCCAGCAGUCGAAGCUAGUCUUAAAUAAAUGAAGUGGAGAUGGAAAUUGGUCAAAAUAUAAUCUUUUAGGUUACAUUUUUGGGGAAUAUUUUGACCAUUUCGCAUUCCAAUCAAAAACCAAAAACCAUUAACACCUUUUUGAAACAGAUUCCAUGUAUGAAUAAAAUCUUUAUCCGUAGA